AUGGACUGGUCAGUGUGUUACGAGCGCAGCAGCAGCAGCCCCUGCGUGGUGGCUCCGCUGGGUUUCCGGCGUUGGCUGCCGGUGGCGCGUUUGGGUUCUGUGGCUUCGCUGCAGCAGCAAGCAGCAGCAGCAGCAGCAGCAGCAGGCCCCACAGCAGCAGCAGCAGCAGCAGCAGCAGCAGCAGCAGAUGAGGUGAUUCUGCGGCUCGCCUUUUCCCCCUGCGGCAGCCUCUUAGCUGCAUGCACUUCCUGGGGCAGCGUGGCAGUGUGGGAUGUGGCCUCGGGGACUUUGCUGCUGCAGCUGCCGCUGCUGCUGCCAGCAGCAGCAGCAGCACUGGCGUGGCACUGCAGCGGGGCUUACCUGUGGCUGGGGUGUACAGACGGCUCGCUGCUGCUGCUGCCGCUGCGCGCGCGACCCCACACUUCUUCUUUGCUGCCAGCAAGGGGUUUGUUUGCUGCAGCAUAUCGUGGGGCGCAUGCAGGGGGCGUUUUGUCUGUUGCUGCUGUUGCUGCAGCAGCAGCAGCAGCAGCAGCAGCAACGGACUCCGGAGCAGCAAGCCGCCUCUGCUGGAGCUGCGGCGCAGACGGCUUCCUGCGGCUCUGGGACUUGCGGCAGCAGCGGGGCCCCUGCGCCGAAGUGCAUGCGCAUGCUGCUGCUGCUGCUGCUGCUGCUGCUGCUCCCGACGGCAGCGCAGUAGCAACAGCAGCAGCAGACGGGCUGCUGCGCCUCUGGGACGGGGCCUCCCUGCGGCUUUUGAAAACAGCAGAAGGGGUUCAGGGGGCCCCCCUGUCUUCUCUUUCUUGGAGCAGGGCGGGGGCCCACAUCCUCUGCUGCAGCAGCAGCAGCAGCAGCAGCAGCAGCAGCAGCAGCAGCAGCGGCGGCGGCGGCGGCGGGGGGGGCCGCGGCGGCGGGGAGGAGGGCAGCGGCGCGGCUGCAGCGCAGCAGCAGCAGGAGGGGGGGCUGCUGCAGGAGAAGCAGCAGCAGCAGCAGAACCAGCGGCAGCAGCAGCAGCAGCAGCAGCAGCAGCGGCGCCCCGACGCAAGGGUGUGGAACCUCAGGUUUAUGGGCCUUGCUGCUGCAGCAGACUCUGCAGCUGCUUCGCUUUUCGGCGACGGCCAGCAGCAGCAGCAGCUGCUGCAGCAGGACUUCUCUUCAGCAGCAGCAGCAGCAGAGCAGCAGCAGCAGCAGCAGCAGCAGCAGGAAGCAAUUGACUGGAGGGCUAUUGAGAAACCCUUUGUAGAUAUCUUUUGCCCCGAGCCCACACCCGCGGCCCGCAGGGUUUGCGAGCAGCAGCAGCAGCUGCUGCUGCAGCACGCAGCAGCAGCAGCAGCAGCAGCAACUGCUGCUUCCGGCUCUGCACCUGAGAAGCAGCCGCAGCAACUGCAGCAGCAGCAGCAGCAGAAUGCUUCUAGUGACGGGCUGCCCGACGUCCCCGGAGCAGCAGCAGCAGCUCCUGCAGCAGCAAAUGCUGCAGCAGCAGCAGCAACUUCAGCAGCAGCAAGACCAGCAGCAACAAAUGUAUGGGACCAGCUGCUGCCCUGCGGAGCGUUUUGGAGGGACCGCGUGCUGCUGCCUGCUGCUAUCGGCUGCUGCUGCUGCUUCGCAGCAGCAACAGGCGACCUCGAGCAGCUGCUGCUGCGCCCCUGCUGCAGCAGCAGCUGGCAGCAGCAGCAGCAGCAGCGGGGAGUUGUUGCAGUCCAUCCGGACUGGGAUGUGGGGGUUUGUGCUGCAGCAUUUGAAGGCGACAGCAGCAUCCACUUGUGGUGUAUGUCCACCUCGCAGCAGCAGCAAAUGGCAGCAGAAGCAGCAGCAGAAAAGGCUAUUCUCAAAGCAGCACUUGGCCACCACCCUUAG